ACCUACAAACACUAUAAAUAUUUAUUCUCUGGUUUAUACUCGACAAUCAUAGAUAUUCCAAACAAAAGCUGAUAAAAGUUGUCUUUCAGUUUCAAAGCCUAAAUUUGAAGUGACACAUAUUAAAGCUAUGGAUAUGCCUACAUCUUGGCUACCGGAACUGGAAAUGCAAGAUCAAGGCUUCAUGAAUCAAUAUCAGAUGAACAAACCUUAUCAUAAUCUAAUGGAGGAUUUUAGUGUUGAUUCAUUCUCAUCAGAUAGCUACACAGAAACCCCAUCUUUUAUUGAUCAAUCUUUUCAUACUCAUAAGUACCUUGAAGAACCAGCCCAUGUCAAACAACCAUUUAAUUACAAGAAGUCCGAUAGUAUUAGCAAGAAAUUACAUACAACUACAAAACAUAAGUCAAAGCUAGUUUCUGAUACUCCUAACACUUUCACUAUAUCAUUUGGAGAUGUAGAGCCUAAGGACGAGUUCCUUUCAUUUUGUGACUCCUAUGGUAUGAAAAAUGUUCCGAUGGCUACCAGGAAUCCGAUUCAGGUUCAAGAUCAUGUGUUGGCUGAGAGGAAAAGAAGAGAAAAGUUGGCUCAGCGGUUUAUUUCUUUAUCUACACUCAUUCCAGACCUGAAAAAGAUGGAUAAGGCAACUGUGUUAGAAGACGCGGCUAAUUAUAUCCAAGAACUUAAAAAUCGUGUGAAGGAACUUGAGGGAUCAUCCGGCACAAUGAGAAAUAACAUGCAAGACUCGGCCAUAACGGGUAAGAGAUCUAGGCUUAGUAAUAGUGCUGAUGAUGGCUCGUGUUCAUAUGAAGCAAACUUUGAAGACAGUAGCAGCUCUUGCAAUCCGGAGAUCGAGGUGCGUACAUCCGAAUGCAGUCUACUUGUAGAAAUCUACAGCCGGAAAAACGGCAUAUCAUUAGUGAAAGUGCUAAGCGAGAUGCAAAAAGUUGGUUUAUCUGUUAUUAGUUGCAGCACCCUGCCAUUUGCUGAUACCACUCUUCUUGUUACUAUUAUUGCUCAGAAGAAUGAUGACUUUGUUAUGACAUCUCCGGAUCUUGUGAAGAACCUGCAACUAGUUGUUUAAAUCACUAACUGAAGCACAACUCAAAGUUCAAUAUUUCCAUGCAUCUAUUUUCUAUUUGCCCUAUGAAGAGCCUGUUGUACUAAAGGAAGAGCUGAUAAGAAGAUUAUGAGAAACAAAAGUUGAAAUUUGAAUUAAAUAAUUUAGAUUGAUUUUUUAUGUUUAUUUGAAUAAAGUUUGAGUGGUGUUAUGAUUAAAAUUAGGUUAACUAGUAUAACUA